AUGUGCCGGUACAUUCUCAGCCAAGGGGGAGCAACAACCAAAGUUGGCGACGAAAUUUGGUACCCCUUGUGGGCCGCAACUAACCAAGGCCAUUUGGCUGUUUGCCAAUGGUUGUACAAAAACGGGGCUAAGGAAGAUGCCACAGCCAAAACUUCAGUUUCCAUCAGUCCAUUGAGUCUCUGCUGGAGUUUGUCAAAUGAAAAAUGCUGGGAAAUUGGCGAAUGGUUCUUGGCGAAUGGAGCUAUUCACAAUGAUCAUUCUGGAGAGAUAGACCCCAGUGCCUGGAGUGAAUUGAUUCGAGGAGGAAAGCAAAAACAGAAACGUCUAUUGUCUUGUUCACAGAAUGUCCUGAAAAAUCGGGAUACCUUUCAAGUGUUCCUCAUGGGGACUUGUGUUUGCCCAGAGUUCUCUUUGGAAGCACUGGCCACCAAAUUGGAGACCAAGCUUGGUUCCAAGAAUGCUGCAAAACUGUCUAGAUUUGGUGUUGACAGCGGAAAAGCCAAGCUUCUGUGGACCCAACUCUUGGAAACCCGCAAAAAGUCACCAGUUGCAAAGAUUAGUGGCCAAGUUGAGUGUUGAAAUGUAUCGCAGAAUUUGUGGGCGUCAGUGCCAAGGAGCUUGAUAUCCAUCACCGACUAGUGGAGUUCUUGACGACGAUAUAUGCUGAAGAAACAAAGAAAAGCCCCAACAGGUGAUGCCACAAUGAGAGGAGUAUUCGAAAAUGAGGAAUGGUACUGGCUAGCUAGGCAUGAUUUUAAUUAAAUGAGCGGCACAGCACAGCGAGCUGCUAUGGAAGUAGACUAUGGAAAUUGGAUGAGACUUUGCACAAGCUAGGGCGAGGAAGGAGAGGA